UCUGUUCGGGCUCAGCGCGCUGCCGCUUUCAUAGUCUAGUCCCGCUCCGCUCCUGGCCGCCGCAAGGACCGAGCCAACAGCCAAAGGAGACACGGUCAAGCAGGGAAACUUUUCCCGGGGCCCUAGCCGGCCCGGGUCUGCUCCGGUGAGUCAGGUUCGGUCCCGCCGUCCAGGCAGUUGCGAAGGGUCUGAGAUCUGGAAGCUUGAGAAGGGGCUGAAGCCUUGGGGGGGAAAUUGGUAUCUAGAGGAAAGAAAACUGUGAGGACACCUGCUCUCUAUUGUCCUUGGAACCCAGGGAGUCACCAGAAGAAGCAAGAGCUUCCUCUAGUGCCCGAUGACUCCUGCCACCUCCUCCUGUCUCCAAGAAGGAAUCAUGUGUGAGGUCAACAGGACAAUUGAAGCUAAUAAGCCCCAUUUGGUGCCUUUGGUGGUGGUCCUGAGCAGCAUCUCCCUGGUCACAGUGGGGCUCAACCUCCUGGUGCUCUACGCAGUGAGGACAGAGAAGAAACUGCACACUGUGGGAAAUCUCUACAUUGUCAGCCUCUCUGUAGCUGAUCUGAUUGUGGGCGCAGCUGUCAUGCCCUUGAAUAUUGUGUAUCUCUUUAGGUCCCUAGACCGGCCCCUCUGCCUUUUCUGGCUCUCCAUGGACUACGUGGCCAGCACCGCUUCCAUCUUUAGUGUCUUUAUUCUGUGCAUUGACCGCUACCGCUCUGUCCAACAGCCCCUCAAGUACCUACGGUAUCGCACCAAGACCAGAGCGUUAGUCACCAUCUUGGUCACCUGGUUCCUGGCCUCCCUGUGGAUCAUCCCUAUUCUGGGAUGGAGAAGCUUUUGGCCAAAUAACAAUGAGAGCAAGGCAUAUGAUAAACCCACUGCCACUGGGGACAAGUGUGAGACAGACUUCUACAAUGUCACUUGGUUCAAGGUGAUGACCGCCAUCAUCAACUUCUACCUGCCUACCUUGCUAAUGCUCUGGUUCUAUUCCAAGAUUUACAGGGCUGUCCGACAGCAUUGCCAGCACCGAGAAUUCAUCAACGGGUCCUUCCCAUCUUUCUCAGAUGGCAACAUGAGUCACAAAAAGCAUAAGAUCUGCCUCCCAAAGCAGGGGAAAGAUGCCAACCUGGAGCUGUUGAAAAGGAAGCCAGAAGGCACCUAUUAUCACAUUAAUAACAGCAUCCCCAUGAAGGCCCAGGACCCAGAAAAAGAGUUGCCCCCAGAGAAGAAAAUCCCUCGAGGUUUUGAACAAGAGGAUGAGGAAGUGAUGGUCAAGGACCACUACUUCCCUAUUGAAAUUGUGCAGACUCAGCCUCGGAUGGAGGAGGCUGGAAGAUACAUGUCCAUCCAACAGAACCAACCAGACUCCAAGGAACUGUCCCCGGCCACUCAAUAUGCCAGUGAGACAUCUGAGGAGACCAUAUUUACUGAGGCACCCUCCCAACCAGUAGACCCCAAUGCUAUCACUGAAUCAGCCACAGACCUGUCUGCUGGAGACCAAGCCAAGACCAAAACAACCUUUGGCCUGGAUUACCUGACAUUCACCUGGAAGAGAUUCCGCUCCCAUUCUAGGCAGUACAUAAAGGGUUUGCAUAUGAGCCGGGAGCGGAAAGCCGCCAAACAGCUUGGCUGCAUCAUGGCGGCCUUUAUUCUCUGCUGGAUCCCAUACUUUAUCUUUUUCAUGGUCAUUGCUUAUUGCACAACAUGCUGCAAUGACCACGUCCAGAUGUUCACCAUGUGGCUGGGCUACAUCAACUCUACCCUGAACCCCCUCAUUUACCCCCUGUGCAAUGAGAACUUCAAGAAGGCUUUCAAAAAGAUUUUCCAUAUCCGCUCCUAAAGGGAAACUUCAGGGGUGGAGUAUACAGAUGAAAAUGAUGUUGAAGGAAGAAAUAAAUGAGUACAAAGGGACUGCUUGGAUUUCCAAAGUACCCAAACUUUCCAAGGAUUCAAGAAGAGACACGUGGCUAGAAAUCUUGAAAAUCCCCUCUUCCUCAUUGGAGGUGGUACCAAUGGCUGGUUGAAAUGGAAUUGGGGUGGAAUUGAAAGCCAAUUUAAAAGUUCACAGUGUUUCAAGCUGAGCCAGAGCCUGGCUCCUGACCUCUCCAGGGCGUCUGAGGAAUUCCAGGGUUUUGACUGUAGAUCAGAUAUUUGGGAGGUAGAUGUAAUGCCUUUGUUUCUGUGGCCUCAAACUCAAGUGGAGAGAUGGUCAGAACCUUAGAGGAAGCCCAAGAUGUAUAAAGACAGGCUCACGGGGGCAGCUAGGUGGCGCAGUGGAUAAAGCACCGGCCCUGGAAUCAGGAGGACCUGAGUUCAAAUCCAGCUUCAGACACUUGACACUAGCUGUGUGACCCUGGGCAAGUCACUUAACCCCCACUGCCCCGCAAAAACAAACAAACAAACAAACAAAAGACAGGCUCACAGUGUGACUGGGAUCUAACCACACUGAGUGUUAGUUAACACCAACAUGCUGGAACUUGUAUAGCUGCAUGAGAGCUGUCGCUUCACCUGGGGAGGCAACACAUAUGUGCUCGAGAGGCUGUGAUUGCUCAGACAAUUUAGGGAGGGCCCUUGGGGAGUUGCUGGAUGACCUCCAAGAUCCCUUCUAGCUCAAAAUGUAUAAUCCUCUUUAACUAGUUUACAAGCUAUGCCAAAAAUCUUUUUAAAAUGCGUGGUGUUAUUUUAACAUCAUACAGAGCUUUCAGUCCUCUUACCCCACACUCACUCCCUCCCUACAUAAAAUACCAGGAUUACCCAACUUGGUUCCAAAAUUGAAAUUUUGGCAGUUUCCAAAAAGAAAAUCAAACACCGGCCCUGGAUUCAGGAGGACCUAAAUUCAAAUCUGGCCUCAGACACUUGACACUUCUAGCUGUAUGACCCUGGGCAAGUCACUUAACCCUCAUUGCCCCCCCCAAAAAAAAACAAAAUUGACCAUCUAAGGAUAAUAAGAAUAAUUGGUGGUUCUUUAGCCUUUUAAAGGUAACAAAGCCUUUACUCAUGCUAUCUCACAACACUUCUUUGAGAAAGGUACUAAAAUUAUUAUUAUUCCCUUUUACACAUAAGGAAACUGAGGUUAAGUGACUUACCCAGGGUCAUGCAAUUGUAAAUGUCAGAAGCAGAAUUUGAACCCCAGUCUUCUUGACCUCAAAAUCUAGCAUGCUGUCUACUUUUCCACCCUGAUUCUCAAGGAAUGAAGAUUUGUUACCCUUGAAGGGAUCCCAAAGUACUGUGAAUUCACUAGGGCAUUCCAGAUGAGUCCCCACAAUAUAGUGAACAAUGGUAGUCUCACUGCAAUAGGUGUGUGACCUCCGAAGGAGACUACUUUAACAGGGACAACAAUCUCCUCGAGCGCAUUUUUUCUUUUUCUUUCUUUCUUUUUUUUUUCCUCAGGUCAAUGAGGGUUAAGUGACUUGCCCAGGGUCACACAGCUAGUAAGUGUCAAGUGUCUGAGGUCACAUUUGAACUCAGGUCCUCCUGAAUCCAGGGCCAGUGCUUUAUCCACUGUGCCAACUAGCUGCCCCUGAGCAUAUUAUUUCUAUUCCAUUGGUUUAAAAAAAAAACCACCCUAUCAUAUUAUACUAUAUUCAGUCAGUGAGAGAGCCAAUGAGCAUUAUUAAAUGUCUGCCAUGUGCCAGGCACUGUGCUAAGUGCUGAGGAUUCAAAGAAAGGCAUAUGACAAUCCCUGCUCUCAAUCUAAUAUGGAAGAUAGCAUGCAAAUAACUAUAUAAAAACAAGCUGUAUACAGGAUACAUAGGAGUUUAUCCACAGAGGGAAGGCACUAGAAUGAAUAGGGAGGGGAAAAGGCUUCCUGUAGAUGGUGGGAUUUUAGCCAGAACUUAAAAGGAAAUGGGGGGGGGGGCAGCUA